GUGUAAGCGCCGUUCCUCCGCUCAUCCCUGAAGAAUCUGACAGACUAAUUUUGGUACGCAGCUUUGAUAGCUGCAGCCAACAAACCGGUCAUUACUUAAUCCUCCCUGGCGGCCGGGAGCAUGACAGAAAUACAGAAGUAGCUUCUCAGCAGUGUGAGGUGAGCGUGUGCAUCACUGUGUGUUCAGUUCUUGUUUCACACACUGCCGGUGGGAGUAUGAGGAAGUAGAUGUGACAGCUCUGCUGGAGGUCUUGCAGUGUGAGCGCCUGUUGCUGGUUUUCGGCUGUCCCUCUCCUGGAUGAUGGCCGCAGUCUGACGAGGUCGAACCUUGGACUUUAGCGGCACACACACACACACACAGCCGACACACACUCUCUGGACGGUGGACGCCUGAGGAGGAGAAGCCCACAGGAACAAUGGCGAAGUACCACUGGCAGAGUCAGAAUGUGAAGCAGAGCGGCGUGGACGACAUGGUCCUGCUGUCCAAGAUCACAGAGGACGCCAUCGUGGAAAACCUCAAGAAGAGAUACAUGGACGAUUACAUUUUUACGUACAUCGGUCCUGUGUUGAUUUCGGUGAACCCGUUUAAACAGAUGCCCUACUUCACUGACAGAGAGAUUGAACUCUACCAAGGCGCCGCCCAGUAUGAAAACCCGCCACACAUCUACGCCUUGGCAGAUAACAUGUACAGAAACAUGAUGAUCGACGGCGAGAAUCAGUGCGUUAUCAUCAGCGGGGAGAGCGGAGCUGGAAAGACGGUGGCUGCCAAAUACAUCAUGGGUUACAUUUCCAAAGUGUCUGGAGGUGGAUCCAAAGUGCAGCACGUAAAAGACAUCAUUCUACAGUCCAAUCCUCUGCUGGAGGCGUUUGGAAACGCCAAGACGGUCCGAAACAACAACUCCAGUCGUUUUGGAAAAUACUUUGAGAUUCAGUUCAGCAGAGGUGGGGAACCAGAUGGUGGCAAAAUUUCUAACUUCCUGCUGGAGAAGUCGAGGGUGGUGAGCCAGAAUGAGAGUGAGAGGAACUUCCACAUUUACUACCAGUUGAUAGAGGGCGCCAACGCACAGCAGAAAGAAGGCCUGGGCCUCAUGACUCCAGACUACUACUACUACCUCAACCAGUCUGGGACCUACAAGGUUGACGGGACCAACGACAGCAAAGACUUCUCUGAGACGAUGGAAGCCAUGCAGGUUAUCGGGAUCCCCAGUGACAUCCAGACUCAGGUGCUGCAGAUCACAGCAGGUAUCCUCCAUCUAGGCAACAUCAGCUUCAUCGAGGCCGGAAACCAGAGCGAGGUGGAAAGCACAGACUUGCUUGCCUUUCCUGCCUACCUGCUGGGAAUCGACCCCACCAGGCUGCAGGACAAGUUGACGAGUCGAAAGAUGGACUCCAAGUGGGGCGGGAAGUCUGAAUCCAUCAACGUAACACUCAACCAGGAGCAGGCGACCUACACGCGUGACGCCUUAGCCAAAGCCCUUUACGCACGUCUCUUUGACUACCUUGUAGAGGCCAUAAAUAAAGCCAUCCAGAAACCUUAUGAAGAGUUCAGCAUCGGUGUGCUCGACAUUUAUGGCUUUGAGAUUUUUCAGAAAAAUGGGUUUGAGCAGUUUUGUAUAAACUUUGUGAAUGAGAAGCUGCAGCAGAUCUUUAUUGAACUCACUUUAAAGGCUGAGCAGGAAGAAUAUGUUCAGGAAGGCAUUAAAUGGACCCCCAUCGAAUAUUUUAACAACAAGAUUGUGUGUGACCUCAUUGAAAAUAAACUGAGCCCUCCUGGCAUCAUGAGCGUCCUGGACGACGUCUGCGCCACGAUGCACGCCAAAGGCGAGGGCGCAGACGGCACGCUGCUGCAGAAGCUGCAGGCCGCUGUGGGAACCCACGAACAUUUCAACAGCUGGAACUCUGGAUUUGUUAUCCAUCAUUACGCUGGGAAGGUGUCGUAUGAUAUCAACGGAUUCUGUGAGAGAAAUCGAGAUGUCCUCUUCCCUGACCUCAUUGAGCUCAUGCAAAGCAGUGAAUUUAACUUCAUCCGCAGCUUGUUCCCUGAAAACCUCAACACGGAAAAGAAAGGCAGGCCGACCACAGCCAGCUCAAAAAUCAAAAGACAAGCUAAUGAGCUAGUGAGCACUCUGAUGAAAUGCACACCACACUAUAUCCGCUGUAUUAAACCAAAUGAGACGAAAAGGCCGAAAGACUGGGAGGAGAGCAGGGCUAAGCAUCAGGUGGAAUACCUCGGACUGAGGGAAAACAUUCGUGUGAGAAGAGCUGGAUUUGCUUAUCGCCGACUCUUCUCUAAAUUUCUGCAUAGGUAUGCCAUCCUUACUGCUGAAACAUGGCCGUGUUGGAGGGGACCAGAGCAGCAGGGGGUCCUCCACCUCCUCCGGUCCGUCAACAUGGACACCGACCAGUAUCAGAUGGGACGUACAAAAGUCUUUGUCAAGAAUCCAGAAUCGCUGUUUCUUCUUGAGGAGAUGAGAGAAAGGAAGUUUGACACCUUCGCCAGAACCAUUCAGAAGGCCUGGAGACGGUACAACGCCAGGAAGAAGUACGAACAGAUGAGAGAAGAGGCCUCAGACAUCCUGUACAACUCGAAGGAGCGAAGGAAAAACAGCAUCAACAGGAACUUUGUUGGCGACUACCUCGGCCUGGAGCAAAGACCCGAGCUGCGGCAGUUCCUGGCGAAGAGGGAGCGCGUCGACUUUGCUGAUUCGGUCACAAAGUUCGACCGCAGGUUCAAGUCUAUCAAGAGAGACUUGAUCUUGACCCCUAAAGGGAUCUAUCUGAUUGGUCUAGAGAAGGUGAAGAAAGGGCCUGAAAAAGGGCAGAUUAAGGAGGUGUUAAAACGUAAAAUGGAGUUUGCAAACAUCAUCGGCGUCUCCCUCAGUUCCAGACAAGAUGAUUUCUUCAUUCUGCACGAGGCCCAGUAUGACAGUCUGCUGGAGUCCAACUUUAAGACGGAGUUUCUCAGUUUGCUUUCUAAACGCUACGAGGAAGUAACUCAGAGGAAGCUGACCAUCUCCUUUUCUGACAGACUGGAGUUCAAAGUGAAGAAGGAGGGCUGGGGCGGAGGAACCUCCAGGGUUGUAGUUUUUCAAAGGGGUCAAGGAGAUUUGGCUCAGCUCAAACAGGGAGGGAAGACUCUCACCAUUUCUGUAGGAGACGGUCUCCCCAAGUCCUCCAAGCCAACCAGGAAGUCUGGUCUAGACGUUCGAGGAGGAGGGAGAAACCACGUACCUAACAGAGCACAUGCCAAUGGCGGAGCCAAGUUUUCUAGAGCCCACCCCAACCAGCAAGCAGAUAUCACAUAUUCCUCCCCACACAAACAACCGCGGCUUCCCAACACGCCGCUUCCCAACGCGCCGUUUCCCAACGCGCCGCUUCCCAACGCGCCGCUUCCCAAACUGGACACCCAACGGAGCCGCCGGGCCCCGAACCAGCACAACCAGGGGAACCUGGACUUCCUCAACGUGCCUGACCAAGGCAUGUCAGGGAAGCAGAGGAAAAGGAGCAUCAGCCAUCGACCGCCUCCUGCCCCGAAGCCUCAGCCGCGACCUCAGGGUCCGCGCUGCCGGGCCUUGUAUCAGUACAUCGGACAGGACACGGACGAGAUCAGCUUUGAGGCUAACGACGUGUUUGACCUCGUCAAAGAGGAUCCAUCAGGGUGGUGGACCGGCAGGAUUCAAGGAAGGGAAGGUCUCUUCCCCGGUAACUAUGUGGAUAAGAUUUGAUGAGGACUUUUCAUGGACAUUCUUGUGUUUAACAAGAACAAGGCGUGUUUUGUCCAUAGCAGCAGACCCUGUUUGCUUACAAAAAAAAGCCUGCAAGUUAUUCAAAGUUACAUGGAGGAUCUAAUGUAAGGGUGACAUUUUGCUGACAUUUGAGCCCUGGCUAAUUACCUGUGGCAGCAUAAGGUAUGAAGACAAGACAGGAGGCGUCAUCAUGAUUGUUAAAACAGGACGACAAUGAGCUGCUCCGGUUUCAUCUCCUUUAAGUCAAACGAUCCCGCUCUGAAUGGCCUAGCAACAGGAUCUUUGACUUUAUCUUCCAGAAUAACUCCGGGCUUCAGCUGAAAAUUAACUGAACAAAUGGAAAUCUGUGUUUACCUCCACGCUGUAAACAAGCUUUACAACAAAAACAGAAACUGGACUGAUACUUUGGCGCUCAAGUAACGAACUUGCUUCAGAUCAAAUCAAAUCUUUUUAGAGGAAAAUUUUAGUUUUUAUUGUUUUUUUUAAGUCAGGAUUAUUGGUAUUUUGUUAUCAAGGAAUAUAUUUUCAUACAUCUUAAAGCAAACUAUUUGCAUGGGUAUGUAUUGCAUUGACAGUAAGUUAUAAGAGAUUUUGCAGCAACAAAUCAGAAGAAAAUUCAUUUACGGAUAUACCGUAAUUUCUGGGCUAUUGCGAAUGUCUGAACAUUGAAAUAUGGACCAUAAAUGGUUUACAGUGCCUGUAACAUCGAUGCUUAAAAAAGAAAGGAAAAGUAAUUUAUCACUAUGUUCUUCUUCCUCCAGUGCAUUAAAACCACUAAAGUCGUCUUCUUUAUUGAAAGAAGUCGGUAUUGAAAAGCCUCACACACACUUCCUCAGUCUCUUUUCCAUUGUCACUUUCGUCUUGGGAAAAAAUUGUUUUGUUCUCUUCAUCACACAGCAGUCCAGCAUUUCUAUGGUAAAAAGCAUUUAUAUUAGCCGCAUCGCAGUGUUUUACAUUUGUGAAGAAAUGUAGCAGCUCAUAGUCCAGAAAUUAUAGUAUUUGUACAAUAACACAUUUCUUUGUUUUAUGUUUGAUUAUUUUUUAAAUAUUAAAGUCAAGUAUUUUUAAAGUA